AUGGAGAAGAAGUUGAAAUCGGUGCAACUGAAAAGGCAUCAAGCGGUCGAAUUGGUGAAAAGUAUAGAACAGUUUACGAUCGGCUACGUCGAGGAAAAUGCCAGUGAAAUACCAGUGUGUUUGGAACAACUAGAAAGGUAUUAUGAGGACUUCCUACAUGCAAAUGCGAAAGUGAUGGAACUCGAUGAGGAGGCCACAGAUGCGAGUGUAACUGAGCGGUGUGAUAUGGAUACACGGUAUCGUCGCGUUAAGGGCUUUCUUCUACGAAAGCAACCACCUCCUACGGCCGCGCAAAAUAUGUCGAAUGAGUCGAUGCUAUUAGCGAGCUCGACUCUCAAUAGUUCGGGACGAUCAGGUGCAGUAAAUUUGCGGCUUCCAAAAAUCGAAUUGCCUACGUUCGAUGGCGAUUCCACCAAGUGGUUAACGUUCCGCGACCGAUUUGUGGCGAUGAUCGACAGUGCCAGUGAGAUACCGAAUAUAAUGAAGCUGCAGUAUCUGCUGUCCUCCUUGAAGGGCGAGGUUGGUUUGCUUUUCGAGCACACCACAUUGACAGCAGACAAUUACGAGGUGACGUGGGCUGCCUUGCUGAAGCGGUACGAUAAUCCACGUACGCUGAUCCGGGAGUACUAUCGGAAAAUUCAUCACCUGCCGGCCGUGAGCUGUGACAACGUGGACGAUUUGGCGCUGCUCGUCGAUGAAUUCACGCGGCAUGUGAACGGGCUGAAGAAGCUCGACGAACCGGUGGACACCUGGGACACGCCACUCGCCAACCUGCUUCUGAUGAAGCUGGAUUCGUCGACCAUUCUGGCAUGGGAGAACCACUCAGCACAACAUAAAAAAGAUAAGUACAAGGAAUUAGUAGACUUUUUGCAAGAUCGUGUACGAAUAUUAAAAUCAUCGCGCGAGUUUUCCAAUAACGGUGACGGCAGUUUGAGAAUGGUGGCCGGCAACAGAAGGGUCUCCGACCAUAGGCCGAGAAUUGUGGGCAAUGCUGCAACUGCAAGGAGAACUUCGCCGAAUGUUUCAGCUCAACAGUGUGUUUUGGGUUGUGCAGAGCUUCACAAUCUGCGCAAUUGUCCUGCAUUCUUGCGAAAGGACGUACAGCAACGCCGUGAAGUAGCCACCCGUGAGCGACUGUGUUGGAACUGCCUCAAUCGCAGUCAUCAUGUGAGGGAUUGUCGUUCCGCGUUUAAAUGCACUACGUGCAACGCACGCCAUCACUCCUUGCUGCACGUAACGCCAAUUGUCACAAUGGUUGCGCAGUCGGAUGAUGAAGUGGUUCUGCUGGAAACAGUCCAACUACAACUGGUAGAUGAUCAUGGCAAUAAACAUACAGCACGAGCACUGUUAGAUUCCGGAUCGAUGUGCAACUUUAUCUCCGAAUCUAUGGCCCAUCGACUGUUGAUACCGCUGUCCAAAGUAAGCAUUGCUGUAUCGGGUAUAGGGCAAAUCAAACAGCACGUAAAGGGUUCCAUCACAGCGACCGUUCGAUCGCUAGGAGAAGACUUCCAUUCGUCAAUGGAAUUUCUAGUGCUCAAGACUCCGUCAGCUGAAAUUCCAACCAUUCCCUUAAACAUUGCGAAAUGGAACAUCCCAAACGUACAGUUGGCAGACUCGUCUUUCCACGUUCCGGGAAAGGUCGAUGUUGUAAUUGGUGGAAACACGUUCUGGGAGAUACAUACUGGAAGGAAACAGUCAUUGGGUAACGGAAGGCCAUGGCUGAUAGAAACUGCGUUUGGAUGGGCGGUCUCGGGGAAUACUUCCCAACUUGCUGGCCCCAAUCUACGAUUGUGUCACACGGCCGCCAACGAAGGUGCCAUCGAACGCUUGCUCCAGCGGUUUUGGGAGGCUGAGAGUAUUAUGGAAGGUCCUGCCUUGUCAAUUGAGGAGGACAUGUGCGAAAAACAUUACGUAGCUACCACGAGCCGUAAUGCACAAGGUCGCUACAUUGUGUCUUUGCCGCGAAGCCCCAAACCUGAAAGAACGCUGGGUUUGUCAAAAGAGAUAGCAGAUAAUCGUUUACUGGGUGUAGAACGUCGACUGAAGGCCAAUCCUGAAAUGGAAAGGGAAUAUAUUAAAUUUAUGAGAGAGUAUGAGUCGUUGGGACACAUGAUCAAACUCACGGAACCCGUUGAUGACAACAAACCACAUUGCUACAUUCCUCAUCACGCGGUAGUCAAAGAGACCAGCACAACAACCAAGGUGCGUGUUGUUUUUGAUGCAUCCUGCAAAACAACAUCUGGCUACUCGCUAAACGAUACUCUGCUGAUUGGUCCAACAGUGCAGGAUGAUCUGCUUACAAUCAUCCUACGCUUUCGAAAACACGCUGUCGCAAUAGUGGCAGACGUAGAGAAAAUGUACCGGCAGAUUCGUCAUUGUGAAAACGAUCGAAAUCUAUUGCGCAUACGUUACCGUGAAUGUCCCUCCGAUCCCAUUUCCACGUAUGAGUUGCAAACGGUGACCUACGGUACCGCAACAGCACCAUUUCUAGCUACUCGAACGCUACAACAAAUUGCGCACGACCACAAACAACAAUACCCUUUGGCAGCCGACCCAGUGCUACAUGACUUUUAUGUGGAUGAUUUGUUGACUGGAGCAGAAGAUGUAGUAGAGGCCGUUGGAAUGCGAACGCAAAUUUCGCAAAUGCUUGAAUCGGCAGGUUUCCUCUCGAAGAAGUGGGCAUCUAACGUCUCCGAAGCGCUUGAAGGAGUUCCGAGCGACGAUCUAGCGAUCAAACCAGUUCUAGACUGGCAGGAAGAUCAAGCGAUUUCAACAUUGGGCUUGGUUUGGGAACCGUCUAACGACAUGCUACGGUUCACAGUCGACCUUCCACGACCAGCUCAAGAGCUUACGCGAAGUUUGGUCUUGUCUUACACGGCCAGAAUCUUCGAUCCCUGGGCCUACUAG